GACAGCUAGCGGCCACGCGUUGUGUGUGUGAUUCGUUUCGUACUCGUAUAUUAUACUUUGAAAACAGGCUUGUCGCACAAAUUCAAUCUUUCAGUGAAUUUACGACCCUGAUAAACCAGGAAGCGAGUUUCAUAAACGUCUGCAGACAGCGCAGGGCUUAAUUUUCUUCCCGUGUAAAUUUUGUUUAUCGUAUGUCCAUCCAGAAUCUAAAUACAUUCGACCCAUUUGCGGAUGCAAUAAAGGGUGCAGAUGAUGAUGUACAAGACGGACUCGUGCACAUAAGAAUCCAGCAGAGAAAUGGUCGCAAAACACUAACUACUGUCCAAGGUUUGUCAGCGGAGUAUGACCUGAAAAAGAUUGUACGGGCAUGUAAGAAGGAAUUUGCCUGCAAUGGCACUGUGAUUGAGCAUCCCGAGUACGGAGAGGUUCUCCAGCUGCAAGGUGAUCAGCGCGAAAACAUUUGCCAGUGGCUAACAAAGUCGGGCUUGGCGAAACCGGACCAGCUUAAGGUGCACGGUUUCUAAGAGCGCAAUAAGAAUAGGAGUCUUAAACUGCAACAGUACGCGCGUGUUUGUAAGUGCAUUAGGUUGCAUAGUAUUCUCAUAACUUUUUUUUAAACGACAUCAUAAACCGCAGUUGAACGCAGCAGCAAAAUAAGAAGUGAGCAGGGUGAAGACGGAGAUAUUCAAUUGAGCAAAAAACCACAUCAGCUCUAGUAACAAUAAUCCAUAUUUGAAAACAAACAAGAAAUCUUAUGUGUUUAUGCAAUAAAUUUAAUCCCCCAUGGCUCAGCUUUUCGUUUGCUAACCGGAAAUCGUUGCCGUGACGCGAGUGUGAGUUGAAGAUGAGGAUCGGAUGAGUUAGUAAAUGUGAAUGUCGCUUGAAAUUCACUGCAGAGAAAGUAAUCACGACUACAAGUUAUCGAUGAUCUAUUACGCAGCUAGGCGUUAUGGAAAGUAAUAGUUACUCAAGAUGAUUAUAUAAUGACUAGUAAAAACCAUUUAAUAAAUCAUGAUAUCAAUUAAUUAAACUGAAUUAUAACAAACUCAUCUCGAUUCCAUGUUGCUAAUGAACAAAGAUUAAGAUCGAUUGAUACCUAUUCGAUUGAUUAUUAGAUGUCGACCAACUAUAAAGGAUUUGUGUUUAGGAAAACGUCUUUAAGUAGUCUUUGUUUUUUGUUGGUGUGUCCAUAUUAAUACUUGUUAGAAUAGGUGGUUUUGCAUAGUACAGAUUGCACAUUCUACAGUGAACACACUAAAACAAUCGACACGAAUUUCCUAUUGCUUCCUGUUUCGCUGAGCUCCCCUGUAAAAUCCUUACGUAGCUUUAAUGAUUGGUUCGUUUUUUAACGGAAAAAGCAUUUUAUAAACACGUAGUUUAAUAAUAACCGCUAGGAUGAUAGCGUGACGCAUCGCUGUUUAGGCUGUUUGGAUUCCAAUAUGGCACACUUUUUACAAUUUUUUAAAAUGCUUAGCUGAUGUUGGAUUUUCCUAGCUAAGUGAUUUUUGAUUUAGGGUACGACUUGAUCUUCCUUUAGUUUGUAUUGAAACAAUUGCUACGAGCAAAGUUUGCGUACAAAUUAAAAUAAAUCAUGGCGUAUUCUAUUUCAGUUGUCAACAAACAAAUAGGUAAACUAGUGCACAAUUUUCAAAAAUUAUGUCCAGUUGUAAAUUUGAACAGUUGUGAAUAUUUCCUCAAUUAAGCCUUUUGCUCGAUUCUUCUUUUCUUAUCACGAUUCUCACCUAUACCCGGUUCUUCAUUUUUGAUUUGUCCUAUGUUAAAUGUUUUAGCUAUUGUCCUCAAUUUAAAAUCAUGUAGUCAAAAUAGCACUGUUUCACAUAAAAUAAUAUGAAUAUUUUAAUACACGUAACCAA